GGUUGAACCUAUAGUGGUAAGAACACGUACAGUCUGUUGAGGGUGGAAGGAUACGCUUGCGGAGACAGAAAACUCGCAAAAAUGGCAAAUUACGGAAUGUUUAAUAGCGGGUUGACCCUCAAGGCACUGCUAGAAAACCCCGAGCUUCAAAGCCCACCAGUAGCAAACACAGAGAAGGACAAGAAAGUUGGCAAAGAUGGCAUGUAUGAUUCUGGGUCAGCCUUCCUUGGCCCAAACUUGUGGGACAAGACCUAUGACAGUACAGACUUCAACUUGGAGUACAUGGAUCUGGAUGAGUUCCUUUCCGAGAAUGGCAUCCCGAUCAAUCUGGACAAUGUCUUGAAUGGGACUGAUGUGACUAGUCCUGAAGCGUCCAAGAGCCCACCCAGUAAUGGCCAGCGGAGCCCCAAAGCAUCACCUUUGCCCUUUGUAUCACGAUCACCUCCGCCGAGUCAGAUUCAGCCAUCGCCGAGUCAGAUUCAGCCAUCGCCGCAACCGUCUCCACUUCCAUCACCUCCACAGUCACCGCCACAGCCCGUGACCCCCGUUGCCACGUAUGACAACCUACCAGCAUCACCUGCAUCAGCUCUAGCAGAAAGUAAGCUUGGUGAGUCGAAGGCCCCUGAAUCGCCCCUGUCGAUGACCUCUUCAACAGCUUACAGUCCUGUAGGAAGUCCAGCUGCCAGUCCUAAAUCUAUUGACUUUUCUGUGUCUCAAGAUGAUUUGACUCUCGUUAAUGUCGAAGGUCAAGAGAACUUCGAUCCUCGUAAGAGGGCAUUUUCAGAGGAGGAGUUGAAACCUCAGCCAAUGAUAAAGAAAUCAAGAAAGAUCUUUGUCCCUGACGACAAUAAGGACGACAAGUACUGGUGUCGGAGGAAGAAGAACAAUGUGGCAGCUAAACGGUCCCGGGACGCCAGGCGCAUCAAGGAGAACCAGAUAGCCAUGAGAGCUUCAUUCUUGGAGAAGGAAAACUCAGUUCUUCGCACCGAACUUGAAAAAAUUAAAAAAGAAAACUCACAAUUGAAGCACUCACUGGCCAAGUACGAGCCUGGAAAAUCAUAAGUAUGAUGAGAGAAAGCUGAUCAGUCUCUGCGAAGAUUGUACAGUGUUGAGUGAUUGGUUGUGGAUGUGUCCACUGUAUGAUGCUGUGAUGAGGAGGAUGGCGUGAGACUGUUGGUCAUCAGUGCUUAACCUCACGUGGUGAGCUAGUUCGACACAGUUUCAGACGAGUAGCUGUUACACGUUGUGCCUUGUCUUGUUGUUUGUUUCUUGGCCUCUCAAGUGCAUCAUCAUUCCAAGAGUACAUGUUGCAUUAAACAUAGCCACUACAGUUCAACAUUUACCUUGUGGUUGAUAUUUUAUUCUGUUUUUCUUGUGUAUAGUGCUUGAUUUGUGUUAAGAAGAGACACAGCUGUAAUUUGGGUGUGCAUAGUACACAUGGAAUGAAUUUUUAUGGACAUUUCUCAACCAAAACACAAGUUUGUGUUUUUUGUCAACAAACCAGAACUGAAGUACUCAUGAUAGUUCUGUCACUGCCUUGGUUUGAAAAUUAUUUAUCUGUACUUAAUAUAUUGUAUUAAUUUCAUUCAAGAUAUGUUUAUUAAAAAAACAACCAUGAUGACAUCACCAGUACUGAAACUCAAACAGCCAGAGUGUGGUUAACAAUUUUCUUCCAAAACAAGGAGGGUGAAUAUUAUACACAAGAAAAAAAGGUUUGAUUUACGGAUUGUUACAUCAAAACUUCACGAUCAUGGUAAAAAAUUAAAUAACAGCAAGAUUCUUCAGCUGAUGCCAUGAUAUAACUGACUUCCUGUCCAAGGUAACCAUGGUUACUGAAGUCCAUAUCUUUUGUGCAAUUUGUAUUCUUAAUUUCCUUUUAUUCGUACCAUUUUGCCGCUUAGCUAAUAUAGUAUGACACUGUGUUUCCAUUGCUGAGAGUACAUAUGGCGAAUGUGGGUCUCUUACAGCAAUAAUUGUAUGAUGCUGUGUAACUCGAGGUUGUGGAAUGUGGCUUUAAGAUAGACUCCACACACUGUGUGAACCCUAUCAUUGAAACAAUGUGUGGAGCAGAUACCACAUGGGUACAGAAUAUAAAAGACUUUGCUUUUAACAUAUGUUAUCUCAUCUCUUAAUGGUUUGUUUCCCACUUUGUCAAACAAGGCCAUUACGUGAUGUGUUGGUUAAGAAAACGACUAAAAUUGCGAUCAGCUGUAUGUAUUCAUGGCGAUGGAGGAAUAUAGUGUACACAAUCCGUUAAGUGGUGAUUCAAUGGAAGAUCAAAAGAUUAGUUGUGCGACAAGCAGCACCAUCUGUUAUGUGAUCUAGUUAUUGUUAUCUUGAAAACAUUGAAAGCAGAGUAAUCUGUGAUCUAUGACUAUUUUUGUAGUUAUAAAAAAGAUGUCCAAUGUUCAAAUAUGAAUAUGCAUGUACUGCCAGUAAUGUGUGUCACAUUAAUUGCCACGCUUGUGUUUAGCCAUAGAACUAUGUCAGUGUUCAUGAAUAGCGUCUGACCCUCUGACAAAUCCGGCAGAUUCGCCGAUGGUCUGGUGGAAGUCUACCACCUGCCGGCCCCAGUGUCCGACUGUAUAUUUCACAAUGACUUUGACUGAAGUUGUCGUAUGUGACACAUCACACUUGUUUGCUGUUUACAAAUUUUACGUUUGUAAAUAAUUUCAAUGCCACUUAUAAGAAGUGUUAAAUCUGAAAUGUGUGUUUAAUUUUUGUUCUAUGGGUCCUGUGAAUUUUCAGUGGGUCAGACAGACCUCUGAAACUUACAGGAUGCAAUGCCCUGUUACUUGGAAACACCUUUCGUGAACACUGCUAUGUUGCAUUUGGAUGUAUAUAUUUCAGUCGCUGACAACGACUUAACAGGGAUUAUUUUGAUUUGAUUUGUACUAUCCGGUCCAGUUGGUAAUUGAAUAAAUAAUUUAUGAGUGAUAUCUUGGUAUUUGAUUCACUAAUUAGGCAGUAUUUGAUGCAUUUGGCCAUAAACCCAAAAAGAAUUCAGCAACCAACUACCAGUUUUUGAUAGGUGGA